CAAUGACGUGAUAAUCAAAACCAUAUCAAAACAGACUCAAGACUCCGAGGCUCUUUGUGUUAAUCCCAAAAGUUUUCAACAAGCUUAAAGCUCGGAAGAAUACUUACAUUAAUUUCAUCAGCAAAAUCUGUUGGUGUGCAAUUGUAAUCAAGAGUUUUUAAUGUGUUAUAUAAAUUUCCAUGGCUGAAAAAUAACAGUUAAAUUCUCCAGUUCAUUCAGGAAUAACAACCAAAAUGUACCGAAAUUGCUUUAUCUGCGUUGUCUUCAUCUUGAAGUUCCAAUUAUUUACAGCUGAUGUGCCAUUGUCAUUACUCUACAGUGGAAAUGGUGGUUUAUCUAAUGACUCAGUCAAAUGCACAGAACUUCUGAAAGCAUUUGCUCAUUCUGCUUCCAAUUUGACAAUGUGCUCCAUUAUUUAUGCCAGACCUGUACGGCUCUGUGAGAAGUGUGUCAAUGAAUAUGUUAAUUUUGUAUUGGAUUUCAAUGAGUUAUUGAGUGCAGAGGAUAAUGGUACAACUUGCAGAUCUUUAUUUAUAUCUCAGGAUAGAUUAGAUGCGGUGCUUGAGUUUCAGACUCACAUAGCAUCCGUUUGGGAUAAAGGAAAUUGUAACAAUUGUUUUGACUGGGAUGGAAGUAUCCCUAUGACAUCCAAUAAUACAAAAAAGUUUGACAAAUUGCACAAUGAAACUAUGGAUUGUAUUGUUGAUAACAUAAAUAAAUAUGGGAAUAACACAGACAAGGUGUGUGAGAACUGUAUGCAACUGUAUGUAGAAUUGGAUGAGUUCUACAAAUCACUCAGCCCUGAUGGCAUUGGUGUUAAUAGUGUUUGCAUGGAUGUGGUGGACUUGAUGAAUACUACAAGGUCAGUGUGGAGUAAAGACCUGGACUGCUGCAAGUUAAGAAGGGCUCCAGAAAUAGUAUUCUUGUGUUGUUCUGCUAUUAUAUCAGCACUGCCUGUACUCUUCUACCUAGCCAUGAGAUAUUGUGGGCCAAUAAGGGACUUGCCUAAUGUUCUGAAACAAUCCAGAUUCAAGCAGACAUUCAUGAGGUCUAGUACUGGGAGGAUUAAUUAACACUUUCAGUGGCAGCACCCUGCUAGGCUGUUUCUUUUGUAUAGCAGUUGGGGAGCUUGGCAGUAUUAAAAGUGUAAUUAUAUAUAAGCAACAAACAUAUUUUGUAAAAUAAUGCCAAAGAAUUCAGAA